AUGUCUACCCACAGAAACCCCCAUUAUCUGAUUAUUGGUGGUGGAACUGCUGGACUGGUUGUCGCAUGCCGCCUGUCUGAAGACCCAAAUUUAAGCAUUGUUGUUUUGGAAAGUGGACCUGAUCGCAGCAAUGAUCCUCAAGUCCAAGAUCCAGGCAGCUGGCAUAGCUUGAGUGGCUCAGACCUGGAUUGGAAAAUGAAGAUUAUUUCGCAGGCUGGCCUCAACAACCGUGGCCAGGAUCACCCGGCUGGAAAGGUUCUGGGUGGAUCUUCCGCUAUCAAUGGAUUGGCAUAUGCUCCACCAUCACCUGCCGGCAUAGAUGCCUGGGCACGGCUCGGUAACCCGAAGUGGAACUGGAAGUCUUUACGACCAUACCUCCAGAAGAGCAUCACCGUGACACCUCCCAAUGGUGGGCCGAUUCCGAAAAGUGAGAGGCAUGAGAGCAUCAAAGUGACAUACCCUGCCUUGCAAGACAAGGUCGCAUCGCCACUGCUCGAGGGAUGGAAUGACGCUUUCAAAUCUCAAGGAUACGACUUCAUCAGCGAUUUCCUGGCCGAAAACAAGACCAUUGGCUCUCGUGCCUAUACUGCCACGAUUGAUCCAGAGUCAGGUCUCCGUAGCAGCGCUGACAAUGAAUAUGGCGCUGUAGCUAGAGCUCGUGCUAACGUGACGAUAGUCACUGAAGCGACCGUGCACCGAAUUUUGUUCGAUUCAAAGGGAGCAGAUGUCAAUGCAGCAGGGGCAAAAGUCACUUUUAAGAAUGGCCAGACAGCAGAUAUCAUUGCAGUCAAAGAGGUAAUAAUGGCAGCUGGUGCUUUCCACACGCCCAAAAUACUAGAACUUUCUGGGAUUGGUGGCAAGGAGCGAUUGGAUAAGCUGGCAAUUCCAGUGGUGAUUGAUCAUCCCGGAGUUGGCGAAAAUCUCCAAAACCAUCUGAUGAGUGUCCUUCCAGCCCCUUUGAGCCCAGAUGCUGGUCUAGAAGGUGUCAAGCCGGGGCUCAAAUCCAUUGCAUUCGUCAGAAUUGACCCAGAAGAGCAAAACAAGCUUUUUGCGGCCGGCCCCGAGCCCAAGAGUGCAUCUGAAAAGGUCAUUCAAUCAAUCAUUCAAGACCCGAACGAAGCAUCUGCGUCUAUCUUCCUAGCCGUGAGAUCCGCAAGUCUCGCUCUCUUGGGCGCCAUCACAAGCUUCCCCUUCUCACGAGGAAGUACGCACAUCUCAUCUGCGGAAUUCGAUACAAUGCCCACUGUCGAUCCGGGCUUCCUGUCGAACGAAUUGGAUCUUGAGAUCCUUGCUCGACAUGUUCAGACCCUGCAUGAGCUGCCUACCUCCGACUCCUUGAAGAAAUUCUUCCAACAGACCGGGUCAAGCAGUCAGCCCGAUCUGGAAGAGAUCAAGAAGAAGUUGCGCGCCUCAGCUUUGACGACUCACCAUACCUGCGGAACUACCGCCAUGCUUCCGCGGGCCGACGGCGGCGUGGUGGAUCAAGACUUGAAGGUUUAUGGGACCACAAACUUGCGCGUGGUUGAUGCUAGUGUGUUUCCUCUGAUUCCACAUGCGAACCCAAUGGCUACUGUGUAUGCUGUGGCAGAGAAAGCAGCAGACAUUAUUCGUGGAGUCUAA